GACGAAACAUUGGGAGAAACUGUGUACAUUUCUAAGCACACGUGAUACACAGAAAGAGGUCACAUUGUUGAAGCAGCCGGUUAAAGCUCAUGUAAAUUCUUGACCAGUGAUGUGUGGUCCAUUGAUAAGACAACCUUUGGAACUGUGAGCUGACAAAAAAGAAAGAAUGUCAUUCACAGAGGGCGGGGAGGGGCUCACCCGCAGACGUUCCACACGGCGAUCUGUAGUAAAGAGGUAUAUCUUGGCAGUUGACAUUGGAUCCACCACCCUACGGAGCCACGUCUAUGAUCAGAAUGGCAGCAUUAGAGGAACAAGCAGCAAAAAGGUGGAGGUGUUACACCCACAACCUGGGUGGUGUGAGGUGGACCCGGAAAAGCUGUUUGAUGAGGUGGUGGAUUGUGUCUGGCAGAGUAUGACAGCUGCUGGAGUAAGGGCGGAUCAAAUUACCUGUAUGGGUUUAACGACUCAAAGGAACACCUUUGUUACCUGGAAUAGAGUGACGGGUGAGCCAUAUCACAAGAUGAUCACAUGGCAGGACAUGAGAGCUCGAGAUUACGUUGAAGAGUGGAAUCGCUCUUAUACCAUGAAAUAAACUGUUUGGGUUUGAUUUCAGAUGUUCAAUGGAGGUUCAAAACUGUUACAUUUCCUGACAAGACGAAAGCGUUACUUAGCCGCCAGUGUUCUCAGGUUCUUAUCUCCACAGGUAUCCAUGAGACUGUUGUGGGUUUUGGAUAACAUUGAUGGGGUGAGUGAAGCUUGCAGCCAACAAGGUCACAUGGUAUUCGGAUGCAUAGAGACUUGGCUGAUUUGGAAACUGACUCGUGGGGCGACGUUUGCCACUGACUACUCGUGUGCCAGUGCCACUGGCUUGUUUGACCCCUUUCAGGUAGAGUGGAGCUCAGCCGUAUGCAACCUUCUUGACAUCCCCAUGUCCAUUUUCCCCAAAGUCCUGGAUACAAGUGGACAUUUUGGAGAAUGUGACUGCGAGUUGUUUGGAGUUGGGAUUCCCAUUUCAGCCGUGGUGGCCGAUCAGCAGGCAGCCAUGUUUGGGGAAUGUUGCUUCGAUGCAGGAGAUGUGAAGUGCACCAUGGGUACGGGCACAUUCAUCGAUCUCAACACAGGAAGUAAACCCCAUGCCUCUAUAGCAGGGCUUUAUCCUCUCAUCGGGUGGAAGAUCCAGGACGAGCUGGUGUACCUUGCAGAGGGGGUGGCCUCAGACACAGGAGUAGCCAUGGAGUGGGCAAAGAGCAUAGGAUUGUGUGAAGACGUAUCAGAAAUGGCCGCCCUGGCAGAAUCUGUUGAAGACAAUGGGGGUGUCUACUUUGUUCAAGCUUUCAGUGGUCUUCAGGCUCCUAUCAAUGAUGACACAGCUGUGACGACCUUGAUUGGACUGACCCCAAACACAACAAAAGCUCACAUUGUCAGAGCCUUACUGGAAUCUGUGGCCUUCAGGUUCAAGCUUCUUUAUGAGACUCUGCUCAGUGAAACCAGUAUACCACUGUCCCAUAUAAGGGCAGACGGAGGCGUGUGCUCUAACAACUUUGUGAUGCAGCUAGUGUCUGAUCUCAUUGACCAAUCAGUGGACAGGGCUAAACAGGCUGAUAUGACAAGUCUAGGAGCGGCUUUCCUGGCGGGACUGGCAGCAGGUAUUUGGCAGUCGAAAGACGAGUUGCGGGCCAUCCGGAAAUCAGAUUGCGUUUUCAAGCCCCGGCCUACUUGGUCUACAUACAAGGACGUCAUCAAUACCUGGGAUAGAGCGGUGAAUAGAUCAAAACAUUGGUACAAGCCCUCCUGACCUUCAACCUUUGGCCUUUAGGGGGCUUCACCACCAAGUUGACCUUGUGCCUUUAUUGACAGCCAGCUGCCCAUUGGCUGUGGAUGUGCCAGAUAUCAUUAUGCAAAUUUAUUUUCAAACCUGACAGUUUUAUUAUCUUCACCAAAUCACUGAACAGUACGGGUAAACCUUAAGUACCGGGAAUGAGCAUUGUUUAAUUUCAAAGAGGAUUAUUAGGUUAAAACUUAUUUUUUUAUGUUGAUACAAGGAGCUGUGAGUCGAUUGCAUAAAAUUUUGAUGUUGUAAGAUCGUUGCUUUCAGGAUCCUCCAUGAUGUGAUAUUUUCCAGUGUACCUGUGCGGUAAUUGAAAAACGAUAUUGCGGUGAUCUAUACAGUACAUAACUUGAUUAAUCAAGAGUUUUAGCUGCAUAUCAAUCAUAAUGUUAAUGUUUCUUAUGAUAUCAUUGAAUGAAUGAAUGAAUGAAUCAGUGAAUGAAUGAAUGAUUACAUCUUAUUAUUUAUACAUCAGUGAAAUUCCAGUAUUUCCUUCGCUGAUAAAAAUGAUAUCUUCACUAGGUUGAUAUCACUUUUGUUAUUACAUUUUGCUAUUACACUGCUGGAAACCUUGACUCAUGACCCACAGUCGACUUUGCUGGAACUACUUUUGUACAUGCCGUCUGCUGCAUUCACGUCUGGAUUUCACGUCUGCCGUGAAAUCUUCGUCGACUGCAUCACAAGGCUGUGCAUUUCCGCACAAUAUAUAUAGUUCUCCAAAAAUAGAGGUAGAAAAUAGGUACAUAAAUACCUAUAUGCCAUUA